CGGGACGGGCGCAGGGGACGAACGAGAACGCAUCUGCGGCGCGUCAACAAAACAACACGGUCCGCUUCGAUGUAUAUACGCGUAACCGGCGGUCGUUAGUGCGGUUUUUUUUAUCGUUUUAACUUAUAUACAUAUUUAUAUAUAUGUACAUGUAUAUAUAAAAGUAAUAAUAUACGCACGCAAAAGUAUAAAUAUAUAUAUGUAUAUUAUAUAAAUAUAUACAGCCAGUGUUUUAAAUACCGAUCUACCGUCGCAAAGAAUCAUAAAAAAAAAAAAAAAUUGUUUUUCAUUUUAAAAUAAUUCGGUACAUUUUUCUAUGGUGUACCGCCCGGCAGUUGUAGAACCGUCGAGAUAACACUUUGAAAAUCGAACUCCAAACGCAUUCGUCGACGACCGUCGCGAAGGAAUAAAACACCCGCAGUGUUGUUUUCAAAUGAUCACCAUGAACAGUCAUUCGAACGACAUUGACUACAGUAACGGAUACAUGGAACCGGAAGAAGAAUGGGAACGGGAAGGGCUGUUGGACCCAGCGUGGGAAAAACAACAGAAAAAGACCUUUACAGCAUGGUGCAACUCUCACUUACGUAAAGCGGGCACAGCCAUCGAAAACAUUGAAGAGGACUUCCGCAACGGGCUCAAACUUAUGUUGCUCCUCGAAGUAAUUUCUGGCGAAACGUUACCAAAACCUGAUAGAGGUAAAAUGCGUUUCCACAAGAUCGCCAAUGUCAACAAAGCACUCGAUUUCAUUGCCAGCAAGGGCGUGAAAUUGGUAUCGAUCGGUGCCGAAGAAAUUGUCGAUGGAAAUUUAAAAAUGACUCUGGGUAUGAUCUGGACGAUCAUCUUAAGGUUCGCCAUCCAAGACAUUUCCGUGGAAGAGAUGACCGCCAAAGAAGGUUUGUUGCUGUGGUGCCAGCGUAAGACAGCCCCGUACAAGAAUGUAAACGUGCAAAACUUCCAUCUCAGUUUCAAGGACGGUUUGGCCUUCUGUGCCCUCAUUCACCGUCAUCGGCCCGAUCUCAUCGAUUAUCACAAGCUGUCUAAGGAUAAUCCCCUACAGAAUUUGAACACCGCGUUCGAUGUCGCUGAGAAGUACUUGGACAUACCUCGUAUGUUGGACCCCGAAGAUUUGAUAAACACUCCGAAACCGGACGAACGCGCGAUCAUGACCUAUGUGUCGUGUUAUUAUCACGCAUUCCAAGGGGCGCAACAGGUAAAAACGCAUAUGACCAAUACGGCAAUGCCAGACGAAAGAGCCAUAAUGACUUAUGUUUCAUCGUAUUACCAUUGCUUUUCUGGAGCCCAGAAGGCUGAGACUGCAGCAAACAGAAUUUGUAAAGUACUCAAAGUAAACCAAGAGAACGAGCGUUUGAUGGAAGAAUACGAACGUUUGGCCAGUGACUUAUUGGAAUGGAUCAGGCGUACUUUGCCAUGGCUGCAAAGCCGACAGGCCGAUAACUCGUUGUCUGGUGUGCAGAAGAGGCUCGAAGAAUACCGUACUUACAGACGUAAACAUAAGCCCCCACGUGUAGAACAGAAAGCCAAGCUCGAGACAAACUUUAACACGCUGCAAACAAAAUUGCGUUUAUCCAACAGACCUGCAUACAUGCCAACUGAGGGAAAAAUGGUUUCCGAUAUUGCCAAUGCUUGGAAAGGUCUUGAACAGUCGGAAAAGUCAUUUGAAGACUGGCUGUUGUCCGAAAUGAUGAGACUAGAACGUUUGGAACAUUUGGCACAAAAGUUCAAAGCCAAGGCAGACACUCAUGAAGAUUGGACACGUGGCAAAGAAGAGAUGUUGCAGAGCUCUGACUUUAGGCAAUGCAAGCUAAAUGAUCUGAAGGCAUUGAAGAAGAAGCAUGAAGCCUUUGAGAGUGAUCUAGCUGCACAUCAAGACAGAGUUGAACAAAUCGCAGCUAUUGCACAUGAAUUAAAUACUUUGGAAUAUCACGAUAGUACAAGCGUGAAUAUACGCUGUCAACGUAUUUGUGACCAAUGGGACAGAUUAGGCAGCUUGACACAGAAACGCAGAACUGAUUUGGACGAUGCGGAAAAAAUAUUGGAAAAAAUUGAUAUAUUGCAUUUGGAAUUUGCCAAGAGAGCAGCUCCUUUCAACAACUGGUUGGAUGGUACACGUGAAGAUUUAGUAGAUAUGUUCAUUGUCCAUACUGUUGAGGAAAUCCAAGGAUUGAUUGAUGCACAUGGACAAUUUAAGGCUACUUUGUCUGAUGCUGACAAAGAGUACAAUUCUAUUAUUGGAUUGGUUAAAGAUGUUGAGUCAACUGUACAAAAAUAUCAAAUACCUGGUGGUCUUCAGAACCCAUACACUACUUUGACUUCUAGCGAUUUAAGUAAAAAAUGGUCUGAAGUGAAACAUCUAGUGCCCCAAAGAGACACGACCCUACAAGCUGAACUCAGAAAACAACAAAACAAUGAGAUGUUACGUCGUCAAUUUGCGGAGAAGUCAAACCAAGUGGGUCCUUGGAUUGAAAGGCAAAUGGAUGCUGUUACAGCUAUCGGUAUGGGAUUGCAAGGUUCUCUAGAAGAUCAAUUGCACCAACUGAAACAAUAUGAACAGAAUGUAUUUGCAUACAAGCCACAUAUUGAAGAAUUAGAGAAAAUCCACCAAGCUGUACAAGAGGGUAUGAUCUUCGAAAACAGGUACACUCAAUAUACAAUGGAGACACUACGUGUUGGGUGGGAACAAUUGUUGACAUCCAUCAACCGCAAUGUGAAUGAAGUUGAAAACCAGAUAUUAACCAGGGACUCUAAGGGUAUAACUCAAGAACAACUUAACGAAUUUAGGGCUAGUUUUAAUCAUUUUGACAAGAACCGUACUGGCCGAUUGGCACCCGAAGAAUUUAAAUCAUGUUUGGUGUCCAUUGGCUAUAGUAUUGGAAAAGAUAGACAGGGUGAAAUUGAUUUCCAACGCAUAUUAGCUGUAGUUGAUCCCAAUAGUACUGGAUACGUGCACUUUGAUGCUUUCUUGGACUUUAUGACUCGAGAAUCUACAGACACUGAUACUGCUGAACAAGUGAUUGAUUCGUUCCGCAUUCUAGCAGGCGACAAGCCAUACAUAUUGUCUGAUGAACUAAGGCGGGAACUUCCACCAGAUCAGGCAGAAUACUGUAUACAGCGCAUGGCUCCAUACAAGGGCGUUAACGCUGUACCAGGAGCCCUGGACUACAUGUCAUUUUCAACUGCCUUAUACGGCGAGUCGGAUCUGUAAAUCAUUGUUAUUUAUAAACAAACUAAAACAAAAAAAUAAUAAUAUUUAAACGAGUAAAAAAAAAAAUUACCAUGGAUUAUUAACAACUAGAUUAUUAAAAAUGAACGAAGAUUCAUUCUUAAAUUCUUUAAUCGGAUCAUCUACUAGUCACAUCUACUAUUUACACGUCCGUCCUCACGUCUCAAUAAUAACAAAACAACGAAAACCACAUUUAUUAUUGCUUUAAACUCCUUAAAAACAAUAAAAACAAAAAGCAUAUUAAAUGAAAAAAAUACUCUUCCCCACGUAUUACUUUUCAAAGAAUUUUUAUUUUUUAGAUUUAGAAAAUAUUUAUUAUAGGCUUAUUAAAGAAUAUUUUAUUUUUGGCCUUGACGUUUUUUUUUUUCUAAUGAUUUAAUGAGAAAUAUUUCAGUUUUUCUAUGUUUUAUUUAUUUAUUCAUUGCCUUUAGAACAAUUUAACAUUUUGACUAAUCUUAAAAACUUUACACAUAUCUACAGGACCAACUAUUGUCAAAACUAUAUAUUGUAUUAUAAUCAAAUUAAUCUGUUGUUCAACUCGUGUUGUAUUUUUCAAAGUUUUGAAAAGUAUUAAAUUGUUUCAACAUAAGGGAGUACAAAAAGAUUCUUGCUCAACGCACAUUUAUUUUUGUACAAUAAAAUAGUUAACUAAAAUUUAAUAUAUCAUUUUCAUCAGAUACUUAUGCUAUAUUUUAGGCGUACACACAUAAAACAAUCAUAAUAUGUAACUUUUUCGUGUAGGAUUAUCGCGUUAAAAAAUCAAUUAUAUUGUUUUUUUUCUAUUUUCUUUCUCUCUCAUGAACAUCUUAUUUACCAUCAUUUUACUGCGAAUGAUAACUCUCAUCUUAUUUAUUCUUAUUGUAUAGUGUGUAUUUUAUUUUUAGUUAUUAUUAUUAUUAUUUUAUUAUAUGUAUGAUUAUUAUUAUUGUGCGCGGAAAAAACAUAAUUUUAUUUAUUUAUUUAUUCAUUUUUUUUUCAAAAUUAAAUGUAUUUUCCGUUGCGCAUUCACUGUUGCGUGCGUCACGCAACUUUGAGAUGCCAUAAGAAGAGUAAUAUUUUCUCCUCCCUCCUCUCCUCAACCGAAUAAUAUGAGUUUGUAUUGUAAGUUUUAAGUUGCAUAAGAGCAAUGCCACACAAUCAGUUGUGGUCAUUGUUUACAUAUGUAUCCCCCUCCUACAAGUUUUGAGAAAUAUUGUCUCUAAUAUAUGUUUUAAUCCGAUUAAAUUCCUAUGUGAAAUCUAUGACAGAAGCGUGUAUUUACAGUUAAUCAAAUAGUUGAUAUGUUAACAAUGAUGUUUACUAAACACAUCAUUGAAAAAAAAACAACAAAAAUGUAUUUAUUUAAAUAUAUACCCGUUGUGUUGUGAGAACUA